GUGAGUGCAGGAGAAAUGCUGGUUGGACCAGCAAAAGUUCUUAUAAUGGACGAAAUAUCAACCGGAUUGGAUAGUUCGACCACUUUUCAAAUAUGUAAGUACAUGAAGCAAAUGGUUCAUAUUAUGGAUAUAACCAUGAUUAUGACGCUUCUACAGCCAGCACCAGAAACGUAUGAUCUGUUUGAUGACAUUAUCCUACUGUCCGAAGGACAAAUUGUCUAUCAAGGUUCACGUGAGAAAGUUCUUGAAUUCUUUGAAUACAUGGGUUUCAAAUGCCCAGAUAGAAAAGGGGUUGCUGACUUUCUGCAAGAGGUAACUUCCAAGAAGGACCAGGAACAAUAUUGGUGCAGGAAGAACCAACCUUACAGAUUCCUUUCAGCGUCCAGUUUUGUACAAGGUUUUGGUUCCUUCCACAUUGGCCAACAACUUGCAUCAGAUCUUAAUGUUCCUUACGAUAAAUCCAGAGUCCAUCCAGCUGCCUUGGUGACAGAGAAGUAUGGUAUUUCAGACAGGGAAUUGUUUAAGGCAUGUUUUGCAAGGGAGUGGCUGCUGAUGAAGCGCAAUUCAUUUGUUUAUAUUUUCAAGACUACCCAGAUAACAAUCAUGUCAAUAAUUACCUUUACCGUGUUCUUUAGAACAGAAAUGCAUGUGGGUACUUUGCUUGGUGGAGGAAAGUAUUUUGGAGCAUUGUUCUUCAGUUUAAUAAAUGUGAUGUUUAAUGGGAUUGCAGAACUUGCAAUGACUGUUGUCAGGCUUCCGGCCUUUUUCAAACAAAGGGAUCACUUAUUCUUUCCUCCAUGGGCUUUGGCCUUACCUAUAUGGGUCCUUCGGAUCCCAUUAUCAUUUUUAGAAUCAGCAAUAUGGAUAAUUUUAACAUACUACACGAUUGGUUUUGCUCCAGCAGCAAGCAGGUUUUUUCGACAGUUCUUGGCGUUCUUUGGAAUACAUCAGAUGGCUUUGUCCCUCUUUCGGUUCAUUGCGUCUGUUGGAAGAGAAGAAGUUGUUGCAAAAACUUUAGGUACCUUCACAUUGCUACUGGUUUUUGUGCUUGGAGGAAUUAUUGUUGCCAAAAACGAUAUUGGGCCAUGGAUGGCAUGGGGCUGUUAUUUUUCUCCUAUGAUGUAUGGACAGAAUGCUAUGGUUGUGAACGAGUUCCUCGAUAAACGAUGGGACAUACCCAACAAAGACCCCAAUGUUGAUGCACCUACAAUUGGGAAAGUACUUCUUAAAAGUAGAGGUUUCUUCACAGAUGAGUAUUGGUAUUGGGUUUGCAUUGGGGCACUAUUUGCUUUCUCUGUUCUAUUCAACAUCUUAUUUAUAGGAGCAUUGAAUUAUUUAGAUCCUUUUCGUGAUUCAAAAUCCAUUGUUGUAGAGGAAAAUGACGGUAAAAAAAACAAGAAUCAAGCCUCUGAACAACUAGAAAUAGAAGAAAUUCAGAUGACAUCAGAAGUUGUUGGGGUUGCUGAACCUAGAAGAGGAAUGAUUCUGCCCUUCAAACCCCUUUCACUUGCCUUCAACCAUGUGAACUACUAUGUGGAUAUGCCUGCUGAAAUGAAGAGUCAAGCAGUUGUAGAAGAUCGUCUACAACUACUACGAGAUGUUAGUGGUGCUUUUCGACCCGGGAUUUUGACUGCACUAGUUGGGAUAAGUGGUGCAGGGAAGACAACUCUAAUGGAUGUACUAGCAGGAAGAAAGACUGGGGGUUACAUUGAAGGAAGUAUUAACAUUUCUGGCUACCCAAAGAAGCAAGCCACAUUUGCUCGUGUUAGUGGUUAUUGCGAGCAAAGUGACAUUCAUUCACCACAUUUUACUGUGCAUGAGUCUAUCAUAUACUCAGCUUGGCUUCGCCUUUCUCCAAACAUAGAUAAAAAAACAAGAAUGAUGUUUGUUGAAGAAGUUAUGGAGUUGGUGGAGUUGAAACCAUUAAGGGAUGCACUAGUUGGUGUGCCAGGAAAAGAUGGUCUUUCAACAGAACAAAGGAAGAGAUUGACAAUAGUUGUUGAGCUGGUUGCUAACCCCUCUAUUAUCUUCAUGGACGAACCAACAUCCGGCCUUGAUGCUAGAGCUGCUGCAAUUGUAAUGCGUCCUGUGAGAAAUACGGUAGAUACAGGACGAACUGUUGUGUGCACAAUUCACCAACCAAGCAUAGACAUUUUUGAAGCAUUUGAUGAGCUACUAUUGAUGAAAAGAGGAGGGCAAGUCAUUUAUGCUGGACCCCUUGGUCACCAUUCUCAGCACCUCAUAGAAUAUUUUGAGGCUAUACCAGGGGUUCCAAGAAUCAAGAAUGGAUACAAUCCAGCAACGUGGAUGCUUGAGGUCACUCCUUCUUCAGUCGAGAGUCAUCUGGAUAUUGAUUUUUCUGAAAUUUAUGCCACCUCCUCUUUAUAUCAGAGGUGUCAAGAACUUAUUGAAGAGUUUAGUACCCCAGCUCCAGGUUCUGAAGAUCUCUACUUUCCAACCAAAUAUUCGCAAUCGUUUAUUACUCAGUCCCAUGCUUGUUUUUGGAAACAGCAUUGGUCUUAUUGGAGAAACCCCCAAUAUAAUGCUGUCAGGCUUGUCUUGACAGUGUUCAUUGGUUUUCUGUUUGGCCUUAUCUUCUGGGACAAAGGACAAAUGAUAACCAAACAACAAGAUCUGUUUAAUCUUUUAGGAGCCAUGUAUUGUGCUGUGUUUUUCCUUGGAGCUACCAAUGCUUCUGCAGUACAGCCUAUUGUUUCUAUUGAGAGGACAGUUUUCUACCGUGAAAGAGCAGCUGGCAUGUAUUCUGCACUUCCUUACGCAUUUGCUCAGGUGGCUGUAGAGACAAUAUAUGUGACCAUUCAAACUAUUAUGUACACUCUUAUCCUUUACCCCAUGAUUGGAUUUGAGUGGCAAGUGGGAAAAUUUUUCUUAUUCUUCUACUUCAUGUUGAUGAGCUUUAUCUACUUCACACUGUUUGGAAUGAUGAUUGUCGCACUGACUCCAAACCAUCAAAUCUCUGCCAUACUUAUGUCUUUCUUCCUUAAUUUCUGGAACUUGUUCUCUGGAUUUCUCCUUCCAAGAGUGCAAAUUCCUGCUUGGUGGAGGUGGUACUAUUGGCUUUCUCCUGGGGCAUGGACAAUUUGCGGUCUUGUCAGUUGUCAAUUAGGUAAAAAAGACGAUGUUUUAGAGAUCCCUGGAGCUAAUAUGAAAAUAACAGUGAAAGAAUUCCUUAAAGAGGGUUGGGGAUUAGAUUAUGAUUUUCUUCCAAUUGUUGCUUUGGUUCAUAUUGGUUGGGUUCUCCUUUUCUUCUUUGUGUUUGCUUAUGCCAUUAGAUUCCUCAACUUCCAAACUAGAUAGCCAUCCUAGUGCCUACUCUCAAUUUCCAUUUCCUCUUAUUUUUCAAUUUCCAUGUGUAUUGUUGCUCUUAUACCCAAUAGUUUGUUAUAGCAAUAGGUGGACAAACUUAUACAUAAACAAUGAUAUGUCACCAUGUGAUCGAAUGAUUUAAAAUUAAAAAUUAAACAAUAUCCAAUCA